AUGGAUGACUUCCUUAUCACAGCUCCUCCGAAGACAGAGAUGGAGCCAACCUGUACUGGUAUUGUGACUGAAAUUCAAGAUGUUAGACUUGACAUUUCUACAACAAAAACCCAAGGCUGCGACAUCAACUCUUCAAAGAAGACAAGCUCAUCGCUGUACUCCGGACAAGUGCUGGAAUUAAGUGGGUUCCUGCCAAAAACGUCAAACCAUAUCACACCCCAGAACGUGUUGACGAGUCCAGAACCGAGGAAGCAACCGGUAUUUCCGGGAGGGUGUUCCGGUGCAGGCUGGGGCAAGGGUGGACAGCGUCCACGUGGCCAAUGGCCGCCCGCCGGCUCCGCCGAGACAAAGCCAGCGACUGACCGAUCCCGGCUGCAGCAGCGAGAGCCGGCCAGCCGCUGGGGAUGGGACAGACAGGACAGACGGACGGGGAUCCCUUCUGGUGCAGACCGGGCCGGCAGGUGGAUAGCCCCCACAUGGCCGAUGGCAUCUGGCUCAGCAGAGACAAAGCCGGUCCUGGCUCCGGCGGAGGGAGUGAACAGAGUCAGGACGGCCAGAGACGGGACAGAGGGAGACAGACGGGAUCCCAUCCCCCCCUUUUUGGUGCAGUCAGCGCGCAUUAAAUCUCGUCCUAGGAUGUUAUGUUUGGCCUCUGGGGUUAACAGGAAGGAUCCCAACCCCCUUUUGGAGUGAGCAGCCCUUGACACCUUGAAGGUCAUUCCAAGCACAUGGCUCGUCUCUGCCAAACUAUAUUGUCUUCCCUGGAGUUUGUGCAGACAGCUUUUCCCAGCACAGGAGGCUGAGGCCAGCGCCCAGAUCUUUCUUACCACACCAAGCAUGGUACUUGCUGUACAAGCUUCCUGCAGAAUGGCUGAAAUUCCAGCAUUCGUGAUGUUACAGCCCUGGACUUCCCUUGAGGUAGCUUGUCAUUCUUGCUUAAAUAUACUGGUAAUGUCAUAAUUCAAACUAGAAUGAGGCAGAAUAUUUUUCAAAUUCUUGAAUGGAUUUGAAUAUAUGCAAUGUCUAAAGCCAAAGGCUGCUACAGCACAUUCAUGGAAAUUAUGUGGAGCUUAUGUAAAAAAAACAAACCACAAUAAAUCUAGCCAUUGCUCACUGUUUGGCAGUUUCUUGGCCAUGAGUCCAGGAAACACUCUAGUGACAUGUCAUAAUUUCAUUAUGUCUGUUCUUAUCACAUGUGUCAGUGAGAUUAAAAGCAGCAGAAGAAGCAGAGACACACAGACUCUAAAGAAGUAUUUCACAGGGAAGCGAAUUCAUGGAAACUUGAUGGUUUAACAUAUGAAAUGCAUGCUUACUGCUGUGUUUACAGCAGUGAGGUGAUGUCAACAUUUUAAUGAGGCCAUGUUUAACUACCAUCUUAGCUCUGUAUUAGCAGAAUAGCUGUUCUUCAGAGAGGGGUUAGACACACUCUUCCUUUGUUCUGCCAAUCACAGUUUGCCUAACCAUAACUGAGGACAGAGAUACUACUUGGCAAAUGCAAAGCUGCUCAGAGAGCAAGCAGCAUAUACUGAACACAGAGAUUGCAGUCAGCUUGUAAAGUGGAAGUGGGGAAAGGUUGGUAAUGAUCUUGUCCUUGCACAAAGGUUAGUGGGAGCUGUGGGCAGCUUCCCCAGAAAGACAUCCACAGUCCAGAAAAACUGGUCUAGUCCAAAAGCAAGAGACUUACUUCUCAUAAGCCAGAGUAUUAGAGUAUUUAUCCUUGGAGAAAUUAGCCUUCACAGAAGUCAUAACAAAGGACCCAAGCAAGAAGAAAAAUAAAAAAUAUUAAACCACGUUUCCAUUCAUUUUGGUGGCAAGAACUUGUCAA